CUCUAAUAUAAAAUUCCAUAUAAAUUCGCUGCUUUCCCCAUUUUCAACCCCCAAAAUUUCCCAAUUCCACUAUUCUCUCUUUUUCCUCCUCAGAAGCUCCAGAUUUUGCUUUCACCAAUUUCAGUUUCUUUCUGAGAAACUUCUCGGAUUUUCUUAUCUGAAUUGGGAGUGAAUCAGUAAAAGCGAUUUUGAUUACGCCAUGGCCAAGAGUUCCUUCAAGCUCGAACACCCACUUGAGAGGAGGCAGGCAGAAGCUGCUCGUAUCAGGGAAAAGUAUCCCGACAGAAUUCCGGUUAUCGUGGAGAAGGCUGAGCGAAGUGACAUACCAGAAAUUGACAAGAAGAAAUAUCUGGUUCCCGCUGAUUUGACUGUUGGGCAGUUUGUGUAUGUGGUCCGUAAGAGGAUAAAACUCGGUGCCGAGAAGGCCAUCUUUAUAUUUGUUAAGAACAUUUUGCCACCUACUGCUGCUAUGAUGUCUGCAAUCUAUGAGGAACACAAGGACGAGGAUGGUUUUCUCUACAUGACGUACAGCGGAGAGAACACAUUUGGAUCAUUCUGAGUAAGUCAGGGUGAAAGUUUGUAAAUAAGACUUGAAACAAGCGCUAUGAAACUGUAUAUAUUAAUUGCUUUCGCUCCUGUUUACGCUUGCGCAACUCCGGGAAUUACUCUUCUUAUGCUACUCAACUGUUAAUAACAGUUGUAUCUAGACUUCUGUGCUGGAAAUAUUUCGUUGUUAGUCAUUUUAUGCAUGAAUAAAGCUUUGUGAAGUUUCUGUUU